UCAAAUUCCGUUUAUCAAUUUUCUUGUCCUUUUCCAUUGGCGUCUUGAAUAUUCAAAUGCAAGUUGCAUUUUAUUUUUUCUAAAAUAAAUAUCUUUGACGUUUAUGCAUAGUAUUCUUCUUUCCAAAACAACAUAUAUCUUUCGUUUUCCAGCACUUUGAGAGAACCGAAAGAUAAGGGAAACAAUGGCUUCCACAGGUGCUGAACUUGAUAAGCCUCAUGCAGUUUGCAUACCAUACCCUGCCCAAGGCCACAUUAACCCAAUGUUCAAAUUAGCUAAAAUCCUCAAUCACAAAGGCUUUCACAUCACUUUUGUCAACACUGAAUACAACCAUAGGCGUCUCCUUAAGUCUCGCGGCCCUGAUGGCCUCAAGAACUUGCCAUCGUUUCGUUUUGAGACUAUUCCUGAUGGUCUUCCACCAUGUGAUGCUGAUGCCACUCAAGAUAUUGUUGCUUUAUGUGAAUCCAUAGACACCAUUUGUUUAGGUCCUUUCAAGGAGUUACUCGCCAAGCUUAAUGAUACUUCUUCAUCCAAGGUGCCACCAGUCUCGAGCAUCGUUUCUGAUGGUUCAACGAGCUUCACUCUAGCUGCUGCCCAGGAAUUGGGUAUCCCUCAAGUUUUCUUUUGGACUUUCGCUGCUUGUGGUACUUUAGGGUACAUGCAUUAUCGUAACCUUGUUGAUAAAGGAUACAUUCCACUUAAAGAUGAAAGUUACUUCACAAAUGGGUACUUAGAGACGACUUUGGAUUGGAUACCGGGCAUGAAAGACGUACGUCUAAAGGAUCUUCCAAGCUUCCUUAGGAGUGCAAAUCCAGACGAUUUCAUGAUUAAAUUUGUCAUACAAGAAACUGAGAGAUCGAAACUGCAUGCUUCUGCUAUUGUUAUCAAUACAUUUGAGCCAUUAGAGAAGGAAGUUGUUGAAUCACUUCAAACAAUUCUACCUCCGAUAUAUGUGAUUGGACCAUUGAAUUUGCUUGUGAAACAUGUUGACGACAAGAAUUUGGUGGAUUUGGGAUCCAAUCUUUGGAAAGAAGAACCAAAGUGCCUUGAAUGGUUGGAUUCCAAGAAACCAAAUUCUGUUGUUUAUGUUAAUUUCGGAAGCAUUACUGUUAUGACUCUUAACCAACUUAUCGAAUUUGCGUGGGGACUUGCCAAUAGCCAGUUGGAUUUUCUGUGGAUUAUAAGGCCUGAUAUUGUAUCAGGAGAACAAGCAAUUCUUCCACCUGAAUUCGUGGAGGAAACUAAAGAAAGAGGGAUGCUAGCAUGUUGGUGCCAACAAGAACAAGUUCUCAACCACCCUGCAAUUGGAGGAUUCUUGACUCACAGUGGCUGGAAUUCAACCCUUGAAAGUAUUAGCAGUGGGGUGCCAAUGAUUUGCUGGCCAUUCUUCGCAGAGCAACCGACUAACUGUUGGUUUUGUUGCACCAAGUUGGGCAUUGGAAUGGAGAUUAAUAAUAAUGUGAAGAGGGACAAAGUUGAAGCCCUUGUAAGAGAGCUGAUGACCGGGGUGAAAGGCGAAGAGAUGAAGAAAAGGGUUUUGAAAUGGAAGAAAUUGGCCGAAGAAGCUACAGAAAAACCAACAGGAUCAUCUUACAUGAACAUAGACAAACUGAUCAAUGAAAUUCUCCUCUCUCCUAAACACUAGUCUUACUAAUUAAUAGGUAGCUGAGUUUCAUUGUGUUGAGAUAUCAUUCUGUUGAAAUGCUUGUUUUCCUUCUUUCAGUAUAUUGUAUUAUUGCAACACUGGGCAUCACUAUUAGUAGGUUAUGAGUUUCAUUCUGUUGAGAUA